AAAUCAACUUCCCCUCCAUGCUUCCCGACCCCCCCGACCCACCCUCCUCACCACCAAUUACCCCCAUGAUCACUCGAUGCGCAUCUUUGCAGCCAGAAUCUGGAACGAAGAGACACUUCUCGCCACGAAUCCCUUUCCGGCCACAUAUUCCAGGACGCAAUAUUUGCUCAAGGUCGUGAGGUAACCUCCACUUUCCUGCUCAAGGGUCCACCCAGGCGGCAUAAGCUAGCUUACAUACACUGCUUUUCUUUCCAAACCGUUUUUCCUCCACAACAUCACCUCAACAACACGUCAAGAACAGCGUUUGAGGAGUCGGUGGCCCCUUACGCACUAGUAUAGGGCUUUCAUUGACGCCCUUUACGAAGCCAAUUCCCUCCGGGCGGUAGAGAGAGCUCCUAUGGAUACUACCAUAGCCAAGAGCAACACGAUCAGUCCCAAUCUCACAUUAUCCGCAAGGCAAGAACAACUUCUUUACGCAGCUCUCAAUUCGAACAACAAGUUCGCCAACAUUGACACUUCGAAUAAUCAAUCAACCGAUUCCUUUGCAAUGGCACCUGGUUCUUUCACGGAGUCCCCGCUCCAAGCUCCGGGUUCCGGAACUUUGAACGGGUUCGACGACAGCCCUUUCAUCGACUACGACUACGAAUUUGAUGCCGAUGGCAGCUUCGAUUAUGAUUUCAGCAAUGAUUCUCAGGGCCAGAUGAUUGGAAAACUCCCCGGAUCCUCCUCAGAUGGUGAUGCUGAUGUCCAUGAUAAGCGAGGCCAUCCCGAUGACGACGGUGAUGAGGAGGGAGGUGGCGGAAAGAGAAGAGAAGGCGACGAGAAGACAACCAAAAAGCCUGGCAGAAAGCCCUUAACGUCCGAGCCCACUUCUAAGCGCAAGGCUCAAAAUCGUGCCGCUCAACGGGCAUUCCGGGAACGCAAGGAAAAGCACCUCAAGGAUUUGGAGACAAAAGCGGACGACCUACAGAAAGCUUCGGAGUCAGCAAAUCACGAAAACAGUAUCCUGCGUGCACAAAUUGAAAAAAUGAGCAUGGAAUUGCGGGAGUAUCGCAAGCGGUUUUCAUUGACUGGAGGGGUUGGCCGUAGCCCCUCCUUGAACAAUGGAAUAGCGCCAUACCUUUCCGGCAAGGGCCUUGGAAACGGAGCCGUCAACAACCCUAACGACGUCAACUUCCAGUUUGAAUUCCCAAGAUUUGGUCGUCUUCCUGGCCCUCCAGCUUCGACCACAGCAACAGUGACCGGCAACAGAGGUUCCACCUCACCGUCUGUCACAUCACAGCAGGUGCCGAGCCCUAUUGAGAGAGGCCAGAUUAGUCCUCGAAACCAGUCAUUGCAGUAUCCUACCACCAAUGGUUCCACAACCAGUGUCUCCAAUACUGGAUUGAACCAGACACCUGCUCAAGCCGAUGGCGGGGACAUGUCAAGCCUUUCGGGACUCUUUAGCCCUUCUAUCCUUGACAGCGUCGGAAAGACUCCACCAUUUGAUUUCUUCGCAAGCGCAGCCAAUGCUGUUUCAAAUGGCUCAAGAUCAAGCACAGAUUCCGCCAAUGGAACUAUGAGUACUGGGCACAACACAUCAUACAGUUCACCAUCAGCCUCGUCGAACUCUAAUCACGGUGCUAGCUCGUCUUGCGGUACUUCUCCGGAGCCUACGAUGCAGUCACCGGUCUACAGCAAGCCUGCGGAUGUUACACUAACAACAAUUGGAGAAGAGAACCCUGGUGCCUCUGGAGAAGGUGAGCUCACCUUCUGCGAUAAGCUCAACAUGGCUUGUGGCAAUCCAAACAAUCCCAUUCCCCGUACAAUGUCUGAGACUGGCACUUCAGGAAACCUCGAGACUCCCGCUUUUGAUAUCAAUGGCAUUGACUGGUACGCCCAACAAAAUGGCAACCAAUUUGACCCCCAACUUUUUGGCGACUACCGCGAGCCACAGGAGAACAUUCUUGCGGGAGAGCCUUUCAGCGAUAGCUUCUUUUCCGAAGCAUUCGCUCUUCCGGAUUUCAACAGUCCAUACAAUAUUGCACCAAGUCCUGUUCCACCUAAGAAGGACCUAGUAGCUCAGAUUGACGACAAGCAAAACGAGGAGGACGAGGUUGUACCAGGAGAGGAUAUGACAAAGAUGUUGAACUGCAACACUAUCUGGGAUCGUCUACAAGCUUGCCCGAAGGUCAAAGAGGGCGAAUUCGACCUCGACCUUCUUUGCAAGGAUCUGCAGAAGAAGGCGAAGUGCUCUGAAACCGGCGCCGUGGUCAACGAAUCGGACUUCAAUAAGAUCAUGAAGACAUAUGCUGAUCAGAAGACCAUUGAUCCUAAGAAGACAAAGGCCUAGUCGUAUGCCCCUUGCAACAAUAGCAUUUCUGGAUUGGAGGCGUUAUCACAUUAAAAGGCCUUCGGAAGAUGUGUCACGGAUAGGAUUCGGCGGUGCUAUAUUGGCGUCAUGGCUGUACUGGCCCUUUGGGAAUUUAAGGAAUAAUGGUUAUGUUCCAUUGGAAUUGUUUUGGCACGGGGGUAUUUUUUGACCCUUAGGAUUUGACGAUACAUCAGGCGUUGGAGUUGGUCAAUUUAUGCCACAAUACAAUCACUUACUAUCAACACUGGUUGAUUUAUACCUCCCG